AUGGCUUCCUCAGGACUGGGCUCCAUCACGCAUUCAACCUCUUCACAAGGUGGUGGAACUUUGCGGCAAGAAGCUGCCGCGCUCGCACGACAGGUUAAUCGACUAUUGAAUCGCCAGCUUUCUUCUGUAUGCCAGGUGAACGGCGUUAAGAGCACUGGAAUCAAGGCGGAGCUACAGGGUCGCAUACACAAUCUUAUCCAAGAGGCCAUCAACGCCAACGACCCUGUCCGCCUACAGCAAAUACGUCAGAGCGUACACAAUUCUAUCUCGAACUCGCACGCCAGCUCUUCGCCUUCUCGAACGACUAUAUCGCACCCGCAUGGCCAUGCUUCCACUGCGCCAUUCGGCUUGUCCAGCAUGUCAUUUCCCACUACCCACAGCAGUCUGUCUAAUGGUCAGCGCUUUGGCGGAUCGCAAGCAGUGACACUCACUUUCAAGUCGAGCCCCUUCUAUCAGAUCGAGGCGCAUGUUGGUGACGUGAAGAUUUGCGAAGUCAUGUCGCAGCACCGUAACACGGUAUCCUACCCAAUCAGACUCGAAGACCAUCCUUAUCUACAGAAGUGUGUCGACGAUCCUUCAUACCGAGUGAUGAUCUUUUGCGCCGGAGAAUCCUCGGGGAUGCAAGAAGUCGCGUUCCCCCAUCAGUCAGAGCUCAAGGUCAAUGGUGGCGAGGUCAAGGCCAAUUUGCGCGGCUUGAAGAACAAACCUGGCUCUACUAGACCGGUUGACAUCACUAAAGCGCUCAGGCUCCGUCCGAAAUACACCAACAACGUCGAUUUUACAUAUGCGUUGACGUCAAAGGCAGGUCCCAGUCAAAAAUUCUACCUCUUGGUCAACAUCUGCAAGAUCACUUCUGUCGAAGAGCUUGCGAGUCGCAUAUCUAACGGCAAGAGGAUAUCGAUUGAUUCUGUGAAGCAAGAACUCAAUGCAAAAGCACAGGAUCCUGAUGUAGUGGCAACCUCACAAGUUCUAUCUCUCAAAUGCCCGUUGUCGUACAUGCGCUUAGCGCUUCCAUGUCGUGGCUUGAGUUGCACACAUUUACAAUGCUUUGAUGCAACGUCAUAUCUUCAACUGCAAGAACAGGGUCCGCAGUGGCAGUGCCCCAUUUGCUAUAAAUCUGCCACUUUUGAUCAGCUGGCGGUUGAUGGAUAUGUAAAGGACAUUCUUGCAAAGACAUCAAAAAGCCAAGAAACUGUGACGAUUGAGCCCAACGGCGACUGGCAUACCAAGAGCUCCGAGGACGGUAAUCAGGGACAGACGAACGGUAACUCUUCAUAUCAAGGCACUUACGACGAUGAUGAAGACGACGACGACUUGGUUAUAUCAGAAGUUAACCCUAUCGGUCAUCGUCGCCUGGAAACACCCAAGAACGGCACCCCAAGCAUCAAUACACCUGGAACGGCAGGUCGGGACAGUUCAUCUGCAGGUCCUAGAGGGUUAGCAUCUACCAGUGCCAAACGGCCAGUGGCCGCUAUCAUCGACCUGACCCUCUCUGACGAUGAUGAUGACGAGCCAGCUCCUCCCCCCAAGAGGCAGAACACUUCAACGAACGGAUACUCGGGAUCGAACGGUCUAUCUGGUUCCUCUCCAGUCUCCCCUGACGGUCUUGGGUAUCUGUAG